AAUGAGAUCGUCUUCAAAGAGAACAAUGGUGCAGCGCGUAUUCUUCUGUAUCGAUCGGGUUGUAUUAACUGAUCUGUUUCAAGAGCAAUCACUGCGUCGUUAAUUGGAAGAGCAAUUCCGCACUCUACAGAGUACUACAUGGGGCUGCUUGACAGUACACCAACUACACUUACAUAUUAGUCUAGUAUUGAUAUAAAAAGAAUCUUUUUACAUAGGCAAGUGACGUAGGCCUACGGACGAAAACAAUGGCGAACUAUACAUGUCGAUUGGUUAGCAGCUUCCUGAUGUACAUGUUAGCUGUGAUACUACUUUCUACGGGUUUGAGUACGUCUGGAUGGUAUGAGAUCAACGGAUAUUCCUUUUCUUUUGGUGAUCAGACGAAUGAUUAUCAGUAUCAAUACAGUUCUUAUGAUGCAGAUUCGAGUACAGGGUCUCCCAACGGCUACACUCUGGCAAUACUCUUUACUAUUAUAUUAGCCAUCGCCUUUGCCUCGUUGUGCUUAGUUUUAAGUUUGGUCAUGCUCUGCGCUGACUGUUGCUGUCACAUUACAAAAUGUAUGACUGUCAUCCCAAAGAUCAUCACAGCCUGUGCCACACUGUCAGGUCUAUUGGCUGAUGCGGCGUGUGUGGUAUUUCUGAUCAAACUUUACGUAUACCUCAAUAAACAGAAUAUCAUUAAGGUUGAUCGCAUUCCAAGUUACUCAUUCUUCCUUGUCGCACUGACAGGAAUAUUCCUGAUGAUAGCGGGGUGCAUCACUUCCGGUGUGAAACACGCUACAGUCGUUGAAGACUCUCAAAUUGCAGUCCAGGUCAUGGUUUCGGGAUCGGAGAGUCAGUCCCAGGGGACGUCAUCCUAUGUUAACACGCCGCAAAACCUGUUCAUGGGUGCAGGCCCCUUCUAUCAGCCCCAACCAAUGACCACCACGAACCCAGCUCCAGUUUUUAAUGACUCCACUGCUGCUUACAAACAGAUUGCAGCGAAGAUUUUCAUCACCAACAACGCGACCCAGACUUCUAUGGUGAACGUUAGAAAGGCUGCUAAUUAAUGCAAGCAAAUAUAGUUGUCCAGAUGUAAGGUCUAGGAAUGUAUUUCUAUUUUUACUCUUUUUUUUUAGUGCGAAGCAAUUACUUAAUUGAAAUAAUCACAUUUUAUUUACUCUUGCACAUCUCAGAUCAUAUUGACCAAUGAUUCGUACGUAGUGAAAUGGUCUUCGGUUUUCCAACAUUCCUAAAGCAGGUCUUUGUUUUAUUCUUUAUUUUAUUUUGUGUAUAGGAGGGGGAGGGGGAGGGUAUUAAAGGGAUUUACAGCAAAGAAUUUCUUUUUCUAUGAUUUUUUUUUUUACAACGCUUAUAUCAACUUACUGUUGUGUCUGUCUGUCUGUCUUGUUAAAAGUUUGUACACGUUAUUUCUUCCACACCGAAUCUCGGAUCAAGCUGAAAUUUUGCACAAUCAUUAUAUUCUUUUGACAUGCCAAAGAAAGAAUUAAUUAAUAAAAAAAAACAAUUAGUUAAUUAACUAUUGGUGGUUAAUUAUUUUGUUUUGUAUC